UCACACACACGAGUUUGAACAAGACUCAAGACUGUGGACUGAAGAGCAGAGAGGAGAGGAACACAAACGAGAGAAAACAGAAGACACAGAGAGGAGAGAAAGACAGAGGAGACAAGGAAUAAUCUGUAAACGAAAAGAGGAAAAGCACAAACCUGCAGCUGUCAUGGAAAAGUCUGACCACAGUGUCCAUGGAGAGGCCGACUGGGGCCGAAUCCUGCGCUACAACAAUAUGGUCCUGAACGGCCAAGAUGAAUUCCCCUGUCCACUGGAAUCUUCUAAACAAGAAUUUGAGCAAAUUGAGCCCGAGAGCCCUCCACCCUGCCCACAGUGGAGUGCCCCCUCUAUGACUAAAAUGCGUGCUCUGGAGGUUCUGAGGAAGCACGUGUCUGACUACGGCCUGGACCCCCGACCUGCCAACGAGGCGCAGGUCACCAACAUGGAGAUCCUUCAGGGCUACAGGUAUCGCCUGGAGUCGUUCACGGAGAAACGUGUCACUCGCUGGAACACUGAGCCAUACAAGGGAGAGGAGCUGGAUGACAGUGGGGUCCCUCCUCCCCCCUGGAGUGUUCCAGCGGAAGAACCACCUCAGUUCACCACGUCCUUCAAAGACAUACCCCUCCCAUAUACCUCACUCAUCAAGGACUGUGGCCGGUGUUUGGGCAGGGGCCGGAUCGCCUGCACUAGCUGUGAAAAUGGGAGAGAUAAGUGUGCUCACUGCUGUGGCCGUGGCUACAACUACAACUACGUCUCCACCUACACCCUGACCAAUCACUGCUAUAUGUGCAGCGGAAUGGGGCAUGUCCGUUGUAUGUUUUGCCGUGGGAUGGGUGAGAGUCGAUGCCUGGUGUGUAUGGAGCACAAGAAGACCACUUUGUCCAUCUGCCUCCGAGUCAAAUGGGUCAACCACCAGAAUCAGAUUUUGUGUGGAUCUAAAGAGGCUCAUCUCCACCAGCUGUCGGGGCGCACCCUGCUCACUCACACAGCCAAACGGGUGCGUGCACUCACAGAUUUCCCAGAGUCCGGUGUGAUGGACGCCGCUCAGAGGUUCACCCAGAAACACGCUCAGGAAUACACAGACAACGCCCGGAUCCUACAGCAGCGUCAGAGAGUGGAGCUGGUGUGGAUGUGCAGAGUAUCGUACACCUGGAGAGAUCAGACCUACCAGUUUUACGUCCCCGGGGAGGAGGAGGGCGCCAUUGUGGACAACUACCCAGAAGUCACCUGUGACUGCUGCAGCGUCAUGUGAUCAGUCGUUAUCAGAGAGGAAGGGGGCGCUGUAGAGCAUGCACAGACUGUACCUACCACUUUCCAAAUAGACUCUCACUUAGUCCAAUUCUUAGAGGUGCACUGUGUGACUUUUUGUAAGGAGCUUCAUCACCUGCUUGUUUCUAUGGAGAUGUCACUGCUCUGCCUGGAAUGUUCCACAGUGUGACAUUAAACAGCUCUACUUUACAUUUAUUUGGUUACAAGUAGUUUUAUAAAAUACCCAGAAAAACAGACGUUGUGCCUGUGAGUGGUGUCGCCUCUCCAGAGAUCUGACCUGUAACUUGGUCUGGUUUGGUCUCCAUGAAGAUAGAAAGGCUUAAUACCAUAAAUCUCUUUUUAAUUUGUAUUUUAUUUUUAAUUUUAUGAUGAUUACUUAUGUUCUGAUUGUUUUUAUUGUGAUUUUAAUGUAUUUCUUAUUCUGUAAAGUGCUUUGAAUUACUGUAUUUUGUGCACUAUAGGGGGCUCUGGAUUAUAAUAUAUAUAUAUAUAUAUAUAAUAUAUCAUUGAAUGGUCUAUUUUCAAACUUUUUUCACAUAUACACCGCACUGGACUAUAAGGCGCAUUAAACGAAACAACAGUUAGAAAAGUCAGUCAAACUUUAUUUAACGUGUUCACAGUAACUCUCAACUUUGUUCAAUUGUAAUGUGUAAAAAAAAUACUGUCUGAGACGCUAAAUUGUUAAUUUUCACAAUAAUUCAUAAUAGUUGAAACAGUUGGGUGAUUCCGGCGUCCACACGUCCACAUCCCUCUGUCAUUAUCCGAGUCAGUGUGGUUACUGUUCCCUGGAGUUCAGUGAUGAUUCGGGUCUUGGUGAAAGCUCAGACCACAGUUGAUACUGAUCCUUAACCCGGGCGUCCAUGAUCCGUUGGCAGAUCGUGGCUUAAGUGGCUCGGCGCUGUCUCUCUGUCUUGGUGAAUGUGUGUUCUCCUUCUCUCAUCCACUGCUCCCACGCAGCUCACACUUUCACUUUAGAACAGCCUUGAGUUUAAAGUGGGCGUUGUGAGCGUGUCUCUUGACAUAUGGGUCCGGUCAAGUGGUAACGGAGGGAAACGGGCAGAUUUUUUACAUUCAAAUAGCUCUUGUUCAGAAACUAGAGGGACUAUUGAAAUAAGUAAAGUAUCAGAAUGUAGGAAAGAGUUACACUCCAACAGGGUAAAGUCAGACCUGCGAUAUUCUUUCAAGUUGUUGACAAAAAAAAUAAAAAAACUCAUGUCGGUAAUAGAGGGAAUGAAAUAUGCAGCACUUUUUGGGCAGUAAAUACAAACACUGAUAACUCUUGGUUCUCACUUACAUAUCCUUAUCAAACUGGUUUGAAUAUUUGCUUCAUAUAAUUUUCUACCAUAUGGUACAUGAUUAGGUUGAAAAACCUCUUACUUUUUGAGUCAUUAAAUUUUUUAUUAAGAAAGGUCAUGGUAACGGAGGGAAAAGUAAUGGAGGGAAAAUUGUGCAAACAAGUAGAAGGUGCAUGAUUUUACAUCAUUUGUCGCUUUUUUCUUCCAAAUACUUUAAUAUUACUUCAAAAUGAAAGGAAACUGUUUCUAUAAAAUAUGUCAGUCCUUCCAAGCAAAUUUUUAUCAUUUUAAAUACAUUUUUUUUUGAAAAAUCAUGUACAUUCAUCAACAGUUCAAAGAUGGAAUAACACAAGAUAUGAUGAAAUACAUGUUUAUUUACAUGAUUUGCAGGUCUUUGAAAUUUGGGAAAUCAUUUUUGUUCCAUGUUGCAUACAUGGUCUGUUUAAAACGUAUGUAACUUUAGAACAAAAAUGGUACAGAAAAAAGGUAAACCGUUUCAUAAACUAGAGUACAUAUGCUAUCUGUUGAAUACAUUUUUAUAUCAGAUGCAUUAACUUGAAUUUUUGGCCUUGCUGUUUACUUCUGCUUGACCGGGCCAAGGUGCAUUUUGAUAUUAAAAGGAAUCACAGUAUGUAUUACUCCUGAUGCUCCUGACUAUGGGAGCCGUAAUGCUGCAAGUGGAGCAGCUUUGUAGGUUACUACUUUAAUUCAUAUAUAAGGUGCUCUGGAUUAUAAGGCACGCAGUAGAUUUUGAUGAGAUUAAAGGUUUUUAAGUGCUCCCUGUAGUGCGGAAAAUACGGUACUUUGUGUACGAAUUGUGCUGUACAAAUAAACUUGCCUUGCUUACUGUGAAACAUUCCAGACGGGCACAAUUGGACCAUUACCCAGAAUCCACCUGUGUCUGCUGUAGCCCCAUGAACUCUUCAUACACACUGCUCCUGAUUUUUAAUGUCCUUCUGUUUUUAUAAAUGUGAUAUUUAAUACAUUUGCUGUUUUGAAAGUUUUAAAGUGUGUUACUGGCACCUUUUCUACUACUGAAGGUUGACAAUUAAACUUGAUUUGCAUUUAAUCUCACUGGAAAAAAAAAAAAAAUUAGGUAAGUUAAAAUGACUUAAAUUAAGAUAAUUUAACUUUAUUUGAGUAGAUUCAACUUAAGGCAAAUGAUCUGCAAUGGAAUAAGUUUUUCUUAAUUCAAACAAUACUCAAUUAUGUUAUUUUUAGUGCAAAAAGUUGUUUUAAGUGUAGCAAGAUAAAUUUUCAUAUUUUAAGAACUGUAUUUUUCAGACUAUAAGUCGCACCAACUAAAAAAUGCAUAAUGAAGAAAAAAAAACAAAAACGAGUCGCACUUUUUGGGGGAAAUUUAUUUUAUAAAACCAGAGCCUAGGGACUGACAUUUCCUGUUUUCAGUCAAGUUCUAGUAAUAAGAAUAGAAGAGAGAACAACAGACUAUUAACGUCACAUAUGAACAGUUCUUCAGAUAAACUAUAACAUAAACAACAGAACAGAAGAAGUUUACCAAACUCUCCAUCUCACUCCAAAUCACUAAAAUGUUAAAUUCUUCAUUCUCGGUGUCACUUCUGAAUAACUCGGCCUCGAACUCCGGAGGUAAACAGAGCGUCACUUCCUCUUCUGUGUCGCUGUCAUCAGACUCAGCAUCAGUUCCAGUUAGAAUUAUUCCGGCCUUUCUGAAUCCCGACAUGAUGGUUUCAGUCGUCUUUAUAAGUUUGUUUAAAUGUUAAAUUGUUCAGUGGUCAGUGUUGGGGAGUAACAGAUUACAUGUACUGGAGUUACAUAAUCAGAGUACAAAUUAUGAGUAACUGUAUUCAGUUACAGUUACUGUUUCAGUGAGUGGUAAUUGGAUUACAGUUACUUUGUUGAAAUAAAUGGAUUACACAGA